AUGUCGACUUCCUCUGUCAACUCUAGUUCUGAUGGAGCUGAUUCACCCGCUGCCGCAAAGACUUAUUCUCUCUUUUAUUCUUCUAGUCAGACCACUUCGAUCAAGUUGGACCGAAGCAAUUUCUUGGUCUGGGAAUCCGUUGUCCUCCCCUUGAUUGAAGGCAACCGAUUACAGUCUCAUAUUGACAGUUCAAGCCGUGCUCCUCCACGCUUUGUCCCUGGAACUGAUGGGCCGACGUCAAACCCCGAAUAUGAAGAAUGGUUUGCUGUCGAUAGGCUCCUCGUUGGUUGGCUUAGAAAUACUAUGACACAAGAUGUGGGAGCGCAGUUACUUCACUGCAAAACAGCAUUAACCCUCUGGAACGAAGCUCGAACGCUCACAUGUGCAGCCACCAAAGCUCGAGUAAUGGUGUUCAAGUCGGAACUCCAACAAACCAGAAAGAACAGGAUGAAGAUGGCAGAAUACUUAGCCAAAAUGAAGAGUAUCUCGGAUCAGCUUGCAUUAGCCGGUGCACCAAUCUCAAACGAUGAUCUGAUUUUGCAAACCUUGAAUGGCCUAGAUGCUGAUUACAACCCAAGUGUUGUGAAUCUCAUCGACAAGGAUCGCCUCACCUGGGUUGAAGCUCAGGCUUCACUUCUUGCCUUUGAAAGCUGA